CGUUCACUGCUUAUUUCUCGUUGUUCCUUUUUCUUCUUCUUUCGGUUAUUUGUUUGCAUGCUUCAAAGGACCACUCAAUAGACACACACUACUCUCUCUCUCUCUCUUUCUGCGGGAGACGCACACUCCAACUCCGCACUGCAACUAACUUUGUCGCUUUGGCUUCAAAUAGUCGAAUUUUUUUUCCUUCCAAAGUAUUUGCAUGCCACGACUGCCCAGCUCCUCCUUCCUCCAUUGCCUCGACCUGGUGGUCUCUCUCUCUCUCUCGUCAAACUGACUUUUUGCGGUAAGUUCCCUUCCCUUUCCUCUUCUGUUCAUUCCUUCUCUUUUGUUCCUUGUUAUGUAUUCAGCCUUCUGCUCUGUGUCUCGCGCCUAUCUUUCAAAUGGGUAUUUUUCCUUGCUCUGAUGGGGGUGUGGAGGCAGUGAGUUGGGUUGUGUAGACUCGGCCGAGUUUUGAAUAAGUUCUCAAUUGGGUUUCUGUGCCGUUCGUUGGUGGAGAGGAGGACGACGAAUAUGGGACCCAUAAGAGGGAACAGAAAGAGGAAAAGAGGCGAUAAGAAGAGCGAUGAGAAUGGCUAUGGUUCAGCAGCUUCUGAAUGCUCUUUGGAUUGGUGGGAUGACUUCUCCAGAAGGCUUCGUGAAGGUGGUCAUCAAUCUCCAAUGAAAAGUCUGGACAAGUUUGAACUCAUUUUCAAGAUUUCCAGGAAAACUUUCACCUACAUAUGUUCGCUCGUCAAGGACGACCUGACUUCCAAAUCAAGGGAAUUCACAUUUCUCAAUGGAAGACUACUGUCCUUACACGAUCAAGUAGCAGUAGCUCUGAGGAGGCUAGGCACUGGGGACUCACUAGCAGCGAUCGCCGGUUCAUUUGGGCUGAACAACUCGACCGUCUCCCAAGUUACAUGGCGGUUCGUGCAGGCUCUUGAACAAAGAGCGCUCCACCACCUCAGCUGGCCAUCGACCGAGCUGGAAAUGGUUGAAAUAAAAUCAAAGUUCCAGAAAUUUCAGGGUCUUCCCAAUUGCUGUGGCGUUGUUGACACGACCCACAUUACUAUGCUCCUAUCCACAUCAGAUCCCACCAGCAACGUGUGGCUCGAUGGCGAGGAAAACUACAGCAUGGUGUUGCAGGUGAUUGUGGAUCCCGAGAUGAGGUUUUUGGACAUCGUUACUGGAUGGCCAGGUAAAAUGGACGAUUGGGCAGUGUUUCAGAACUCUACCUUCCAAAAGCUGUGCGAAAAUGGGGAGAGGCUCAAUGGGAAGAAGGUGGUGCAGCAGCUAACAGAGAUAAGGGAGUACAUAAUUGGGGAUUCAGGGUUCCCUCUGCUGCCAUAUCUCAUGGUUCCAUACGAGAACGAGCUCUCGGAUGGAAGCUCUGAGUUCAAUCGACGACAUUUGGGUACCCGGUUAGUGGCUCAAAGAGCACUGGCGAGGUUGAAGGGGUCGUGGAAGAUCAUCCGAGGGCAAAUGUGGAGACCGGAUAGGCACAGGAUGCCCAGGGUCGUUUUGGCGUGCUGCUUGCUUCACAACAUUGCUAUAGACAUGGAAGAUGAGGUUCAGGCUGCAAUUCCAUUGUCAUUGGACGAACACGACUCUGGCUAUAGGCAGCAGAUUUGUGGGUCGGUCUUCGACAUGAAAGGUGCAGAAAUGAGAGAUGAACUGUCUCUUUACCUGUCUCAGAGGCUGCCAUCGUGAGGGUCUGGUCAAACUAUGGAAAGAACUAAAGAAUGAAUUGUACAUAACGUUGGCCAAACUGUGGUCGGUGAGCAAUCCAGACGGAGACGGGAUUAGGUGGUAGGACAUUCGAAUAGAGAUGCAAGCUCAUAAUUGCUUCUUGUUCAAGCAAUUGUUGACCUGAUAUUUUCUUGAACUUGACUUGUUAAAGUAGACCUGAAUCCAAUGAAUUACAUCAACUUUGAACUUUUGUAUUCAUAAAAUAUGUAAUAAAUACAUUUUUUAUAAAUUAAAUUCACUAAAAUAAGUAAAUAAC